UGCGGGUUCUGCUCGUUUUCUUAAGCAGUCAUCGCAUAGUCCCCUGUGCUCACAACGGUGAGCGCCACUGCGGGGAGCUUAUGAGGAGAGCGCGGACGAGCUCAGCAGCCGCGCCAUGGACUGCCAGGAAAUUUCAGGAAGUACUAACUGAGUCGAGAAGACCCUGUUGUAUAGUGGGUGGCACUUUGAGUGUGGCCUUAAUACAGAGAAGUCCAAAGAAGAAGCAGUGUUGCUCUCCUGCCUGCCUUCACUUCUUGCUAGUGAGUGCAUCUGUCCCAUUGCCGCUGCUGCUACUGCUUCCGCCGCUGCCACCAUCCUUCACUGACAUUGGAACCCAGCUUUUUGUACUUUCCUGUGUGGGCUGAAGACCAGAAGCUGUCCAGGUGUGCUCUGGGCCUUAGGUGCCAGAUUGAAGCUCUUGAGGCUUCUAGUCUUUGUGGAUGGAGCCUCUCUGUCAUGGAGACUGCCAUUAUUGGACUCUCCAGGCCAGAUCAGGACCUGGUGAGCUUUGAGGAUCUGGCUGUGAACUUCACCCAGGAAGAGUGGGAUUUGCUGGAUCCUUCCCAGAAGAGUCUCUAUGGAGAUGUGAUGCUGGAGACCUGCAGGAACUUUACUGCCAUCGGAUACGAAUGGGAAGACCAGAAAAUUGAAGAACAUAAUGAAGAUCCUGAAAUAAAUCUAAGGCACGUCAUAUCUCACUCUGAAUAUACACAGUAUGAACACGAAAACUGUGAACAGAAGCCACAGAACUCCAAUUUUCUUACAAGUAUUGAAGGAUACACGGAAUCUCAGACUUCGAGUGGGCCUUCUGAGUGUGAGGUGUGUUUAAAAUCCUAUGGACUGUAUCACCUAACUUAUGCUGGACAUCACAACUAUGACUACAAGGAGUGUGAAGGAAGUCCUACUGUUCGGAAAUGUUAUGAAUGUAACCAGUGUGGUAAAACCUUGAGUUCUUUCAAUUCUCUUCAAAGACAUCAGAAAAUUCAUAUUGAAGAAAGACCAUAUAAGUGUCAACAGUGUAGUAAGGCCUUUAGAUGUCUUAAUGCCCUUCAGUCACAUGAAAGAAUUCACACUGGAGAAAAACCUUAUGAAUGUAAACACUGUGGUACAGCCUUUAGCAGACUUACUCACCUGCGAUUACAUGAAAAAGUUCAUACUGGAGAAAAACACUAUGAAUGUAAACAGUGUGAUAUAGUUUUCAAGUCUCAGAGUUCCUAUCAUAGACAUAAAAUAAUGCACGGAGAAACAUUUUAUAAUUGUAAAGAGUGUGGUAAAUCCUUCAUUUACCCCUCUUUACUUCAAAUGCAUGAAAGAACCCAUACAGGUGAAAAGCCCUUUGAGUGUAAGCUGUGUGGGAAAGCUUUUAGAUAUCAUUCUUCCAUACGAUUACAUGAAAGAACUCAUACGGGAGAAAAACCUUAUGAAUGUAAACAUUGUGGUAAAGCAUUUACACGUCAAAGUUACCUUCAGUUUCAUGAAAGAAGCCACACUGGAGAGAAACCUUAUGAAUGUAAAGAAUGUGGUAAAGCUUUUAGGCAUCACUCUUACCUUCGAUUACAUGAAAGAAGACAUACUGGAGAGAAACCAUACGAGUGCGUACAGUGUGGCAGAUCCUUUAGCCGGCAGAGUUCCUUUAAGAGGCAUCAGUCCGUCCAUGCUGUGGAAAACCCCUAUAAAUGUCAACAAUACCUAAUUCCUUUAUCCCUGUUUCCUUCAAAUGAAUGAAAGAACUUAAACUAGCACUAAACCUUCUGCAUGUGAACAAUGUGAUAAAAUGCUUAUCCUAAUUCACAUAAAAGACAUGUAAGAACUCAAAAUAGUGAUGAGUUCUUAAAAAAUGUAGUAUAGCCUUUGGGGUCACAGGACUAUAGUGCCCAUGAUAGUGUACCCUAUGGGGUCACAGGGACUAUAGAGCCCACCAUAUUGUACCCUACAGGGCCACAGGGACUAUAGGCCCCAUCGUAGUGUACCAUACAGGGUCACAGGGACUCUAGAGUCCACCACAGUGUACCCUAUGGGGUCACAGGGACUACAGAGCCCACCAUAGUGUACCCUACAGGGAGGGUCACAGGGACUAUAGGCCCUACCGUAGUGUACCCUACAGGGUCACAGGGACUAUAGUGCCCACCGUAGUGUACCCUACAGGCCCCCCCACCUGGAAGCAGUUACCAAAGAUGACAGCUUCAGCCUCCCAUAACAGUUUGGUACUCUCCAGAUGAUGUGUCUCAGGGAGGAGUAGUGCAGGAAGAAGGCCACAAAGGAAUGACUGUGAAUCACAGUGACUCAGCUCCAGAACCCAACAACCAAGAAAGGCCAGCACUUGGAUUUUGGGAACCAUCUUGAGGUUAUAGAAACUCUUCCAGAAAACAUAGGAAAUCAUUCCCUAUAAUUACUAGAAGGUAGGUCUGCCCUUUUAAUAAACUCUGCAUUUUUAAUGAAAACCUAUGGAUUCAGAGUUCUUAAGCAGCCUGCUUGAGUUCACUCCUGUCCUGUGGAUGUAUUCUGUGCUGUCAUUCUUAAGUUCAAUAAAUUUAUACAGACUCUCAAUAUUA